ACACCAACCAACCAACACACACUUCACUUCCGAGCUCUUUGAUGUUUUCUGCUCAUCUUUCUCGCAAAAUCAACCACUCUCAUCUCCUUCUACCCUUGAUUUCAACAUCAAGAGCUGCCCAACAAUGUCUUUCAUCUCCCUAUCACACUCAUUCAAGACACAUUUUCAUUCAGGCAUUUCAUCAAACACUUGGCACGCAUUCACCAAAACAAGAUCACCACCAUUUCCCCACAUUCAACCCACCCCAUGUACAAAACCUCUACAAAUCCCUAACCUUAACCGACCCCACUAAUCAAAAUCCAAACUUGGAUGCGAUUAAAUUAGUCAAACUAUUACGUACUGAGUUUGACUCUGAAGAAGGGUGUGAGUCAACGCAUUUUCUUGAUGAGUCUGGGGUAAAACCCAGUGAAGAUUUGAUUAAUUCAGUGAUCUGGGGUUUGAGGGAUGAUUGGAAAUUGGCAUUUUUUGUGUUCAAAUGGGGCCAGAAAUGGAAAUGUUGUGAUGAAAAAGGUUGGAGCUUGAUGAUAUUUGUGUUGGGGAAUCAUAAGAAGUUUAAUAAUGCUUGGUGUUUGGUUAAAGAUUUGUAUCAAUCUUGUAUGGAUACUCAACAACCUAUGCUCAUCUUGAUUGACAGAUAUGCAGCUGCAAAUGAACCAGCCGAAGCCAUUCGCGCGUUCCAGCUAAUGGAAAAGUUCAAACUAACUCCCGAUCAAAAGGCGUUCUACACGCUUCUCGAUACCCUCUGUAAGCACGGAAACGUCGAAGAGGCCGAAGAAUUCAUGUUUCAAAACGCAAAACUCUUUCCGCUUGAAACCGAGGGCUUCAACAUUAUUCUUAACGGCUGGUGUAACAUAUACGUCGACAUAAUCGAAGCCAAGAGGAUAUGGAAAGAAAUGGACAAAAACCGCGCAAUCCCUGACGAAAACACGUACACACACAUGAUUUCUUGCUUCUCGAAAGUCAACAACCUGUUUGACUCGCUUAGACUGUACGACGAAAUGAAGAAAAAGGGGUGGAAACCAAACCAAACGGUGUAUAACUCGUUAGUUUACGUUCUUGCGCACGAGCAUUGCCAUGAAGAAGCGCUUAAAAUAUUAGACAAAAUGAAGGAUACGGGUUUAAUUCCCGAUUCUACCGCGUACAAUUUUAUAAUACGUCCGUUAUGUAAAGCGGGAAAAAUUGCGGAUGCAAGACGUGUGCUAUCAAGAAUGUUGGAAGAAAACGUAAACCCUAAUAUCGACACGUAUCAUGCGUUUCUCGAAGGAAAAGACUUGACGUGUGAAGAAAGUUUCGAACUGUUGGAACGGAUGAAGAAAUCGGGAAAUGGUCCGAACGGGGAUACUUUCGUUAUGAUUCUUGGUAAGUUUUUGCGGUUAAAUGAGGUGGAUAACGCGUUGAAAAUUUGGGUGAAAAUGAAGGAGUAUGAAGUUUUACAUGAUUCUGCACAUUUUGUUAUGAUGGUUGAAGGGUUAGUGAAGCAUGGGUUAGUAACUAAGGCUAGGGAGUUAUAUGGUGAGAUGGUUUCUAUUGGGAUUACGGUGGAUCCGAAACUUGCGAAGUUGUGUAAAGAUUUUUCGCGAGACGAUGAACGCAAGCGAAUGAAGAAACCGGGAACGAGAUAUGGGAAGAAACGCUUUCGUGGUAAACGGUCGAAAUCGUAGACAGUAGACUACAAUGGGACUGUAGGAGUAUAUGGUUUAUUAGGUGUAUAAGAAUAUGUUGAAGGUUUUGUUUUUGUUUUGCAACAUGACAAUGUUAGAUAAUUACUCUACAAAAAUUACAUAAUGAUUUUUUUUUAA